AUGCCUGCACGCGGAGUUAAACAUGAGGGUGGUAUGAAAAUAAAGGCAAAGCAAAAAAAAAAGACAAGGCCAGAAGUCUUCUGGACGGGAUUAUUUAACCGUAUUCGGAAACACACAAUCGUUACAGCAUCCACGUCAUCGGCAGAUUUGCUGCAAGAAAGCAAGGAAAUACUCGAAAAGCAUAUGCUUAAUAGCCUUUCCCUCUCGGCAUUUCGAGCUGUGGCCCGGCUCAGGUUCGGAAGUGGAGAAAUCGUCCUGGCUCCCUCACGGGCAAACCCGCGCCUGAGCCUGAUCUCUCGACAUCUUGAUCAGAGACUCCCCCUACCGGCUUUGAACACCCCAUUUUCGACCGAGAGGACUGUGUCUGUCGAGCCUGACGACAUUGAAUAUAAACCCCUCCAGCGAACCCCGCCACCCAAUCUCAAAAAUACUGCUGCUCCCACAAGCAACCACAACGAACCCCGGGAGAAAAUGUCCACCCAAGAGCAUCACUCUACGCUCCUAAUCCCAGGCCCCAUUGAAUUCGACGAUGCGGUUCUUCAUUCUAUGUCCCAUUAUGCUGAGAGCCACGUCGGCCCCGCCUUCGUAAAGACUUUCGGUGAAUGCCUCACCCUCCUACGCAGCCUCUUCCAAACUACAUCCCCAGCCUCCCAGCCUUUCCUCAUCGCCGGCAGUGGCACAUUGGGCUGGGACCUUGUAUCCGCGAACCUGAUCGAGCGCGAAGAAGAAGCCCUCGUCCUGCACACCGGCUACUUCGGCGAUUCCUUUGCCGACUGCCUUGAAACCUACGGUGCUAAAGUCACCCAACUCAAGGCACCCGUUGGCGAACAACCCUCCCUCGGCCAGAUUGAGAAAGCCCUGGCUGCAAAAUCCUACAAACUCCUUACCGUCACCCACGUCGACACCUCCACCGGCGUCCUCGCAGAUAUCAAGUCGAUCGCUGCCCUGGCCCGCCGCCGUCGGCGCCGAGGAGCUUGCCUUUGA